AUGCAAGAUAGUUUCAUCGCUAGAAUCAAAUGGCAAACCCAACUGGCACUGGGUUUACCGUCAUCUGAGCCCUCACGCUCGAGAGAUGGAGGGAAACCUAGGCAAAUAUUCACGCGCAUCAGGGAGAAAACCAGGGAAUGGCACAAGCUGAGAAGGGCUAGGGGUAAAGUUGAGAAUCUACGAGCACAGUAUCUCGCUGAACAAGCCAACAGCCAAGGUCAAGGGUCGCCUACGAUCACCAUGUCACGUCCCGCCAUGGAAUUGCAACGGCUUCCAUCUGCACGAGCUGAGCUACCAGGUGACGACACAUAUAUACAUUCCCGGGAGCCAUUUGAGCGAAGUCAGUCAGCGCAUCAGCAUGAAGCCCUUGGUUCUCAUCCAGUUGUCAUCCCUGAUGACUCUCAUCAGGCCGGGCAGAACGGCGAUUUCAUUAUUGUUUCAGACCCUGUGCUCAAUAAUGAGAAGGGUCCCAAUCACCAACACGGAGACACAUCGCCUGCACAGAGAGAAGGAGCUGUUGAAUAUGAGCGGUAUCUCAAGAUACUGGUGGGUGAACCCUGUGUUUCUCAACCUCAGAUAUGUCCAAGUCAUGUCGCCCACGAUGAUAAUGAAAUUCUUCGACUCGAGACACGCAUACAGACAAUCCGAAGAAACUGCGAACAGCUAACGGAAAUCAGAACGGAGCUAGAGCAGCAAAUACUCAUAGCGAAACAGUUUGCCUCCAAGCUGUACUGCCAAACACAUGAAUGGGAGUUUUGGAGUCCAGUUCCAGAAGAUCCCAUUCCCCUGCUGCAGGUCUUAAAAGGACUUCAGACGACCAUGCUAUGGAUGCAAGCCCGCAUUCAGUGGUACGAGAGAAAGUACCCUGGACUUCGUGAGCAGUACAACACUCAUACGGGGUUGCUGAACAAAGCCUCCAAUGUGAUGAGGCUGGAGGAUGGUGGAGCGUAG